ACUGCCUAAUGCAUGAACUUCUCCCGACCACCCCCCAGCACCUAAACAGUCGCGGUGCUUGUUGGCACAGCGUAAGCUCCCGCCCGUUAUCUCCCUCAACCACACCAUAACAUCAUCGGCCACUCCUCUUUCCUCACUCUCCUCUUCCAUCUAUUUAUCCCUCCCUUCCCAUCGGCCUGUCUUCCGCCUUCACACCUCAUCGCCGCUAGUUGGCAACCAGACUGUCUAUUCGUUGUCGUACUCAGCCUCCUCCCUCGUUUUCCGUCCUUUGAUCAUCCCUCCGUCGGUUGUCGCCCGUCAUGAAGGGAGCUCUCCUCACCGCAGCUGUGCUGCUGGGCGGAGCCCAGGCCGGCGUCCACAAGAUGAAGCUCAAGAAGAUCCCCCUGUCUGAGCAGCUGGACAGCAUCCCGAUGGACGCCCAGAUGCGAGGGCUCGGCCAGAAGUACAUGGGCCCUCGACCUGACACCCACCGCCAGGCCGUCUUCCAAGAUACCUCGGUCCACGUAGACAGGGACCACCCGGUCCCCAUUUCUAACUUCAUGAAUGCUCAGUACUUCUCCGAUAUCAGCAUCGGCACGCCGCCCCAGAAUUUCAAAGUCAUCCUGGACACUGGUAGCUCAAACCUCUGGGUUCCCUCCUCGUCCUGCGGCAGCAUAGCUUGCUAUCUGCACUCUACGUACGACUCGUCCGCGUCCUCCACCUACAAGCAGAACGGCUCCGAGUUCGAGAUCCGAUACGGAUCCGGCAGCUUGAGCGGUUUCGUGUCUCAGGAUGCCGUCACCAUCGGGGACCUCACCAUCAAUAACCAAGAUUUUGCCGAGGCGACCAACGAGCCCGGCCUGGCUUUCGCCUUUGGUCGAUUCGACGGCAUUCUCGGAUUGGGCUUCGAUCGUAUCUCCGUGAACGGCAUUGUCCCCCCGUUCUACCAACUGGUGAACCAGAAGUUGAUUGACGAGCCUGUCUUUGCUUUCUACUUAAGUGGCGAGAGCGGCAGUGACGACUCGGAAGUGGUUUUCGGUGGCGUGGACAAGGACCACUACACCGGCAAGAUCACCGAGAUCCCCCUGCGUCGCCAGGCCUACUGGGAAGUCGAUUUCGACUCAAUCUCCUUCGGCGAGGAGACGGCCGAGCUCGAGAACACCGGUGUCAUCCUCGACACUGGUACUUCUCUGAUCGCCCUGCCCACCGAUCUGGCAGAGCUUCUCAACAAGGAGAUUGGCGCGAAGAAGAGCUUUAAUGGACAGUACACUGUCGACUGCUCCGUCCGCGACUCGCUCCCCGACAUCUCCUUCAAGCUGGGCGGUUACGAUUUUGCCAUCAGCGCGUACGACUACAUCCUCGAGGUUCAGGGCAGCUGCAUCUCGACGUUUAUGGGAAUGGACUUCCCGGCUCCGGUUGGUCCUCUUGCCAUUCUCGGUGACGCAUUCCUCCGGAAGUGGUACUCGAUCUACGACCUGGGCAAGGGCACGGUCGGGCUGGCACAGGCCAAAUAGAGGAGACAGUUCCCCGCAGAGGAAUCUGGCAUGACUUUCUGAGACUUGUAAGACGAGAACGCGACACUAUGGGUAAUUGGACGGGUUUGAUCAUAAUUUGACGGAAGGCUAGAGUGCGCCUUCAACUGCCUUCCCCCCCCUCGGCGUUUUCUCUUUGGGUAUUCGUUUCGCAGCUUCAUUUGUCGGGCCUCGCGCGACUCGGCC